UCGAAGAGAGAGCGCCUCUUCCGCGACCUCGCUUCUAGUCCAGAAGCUUCUAGAAUAUUCUAGAUCGUGGUUAGUGCAUCCAUGGGCAACGGCAUGUCUCCGUGCCUGUGCUCCCCGCCCGUGCACGGCGAGGAGGCGGCGGCGGAGGCGGCGGCGGCGAGGCUGGUGUUCUGGGGCGGGGCGGCGAGCCAGCUGGUGGCGUCCGCGGCGACGACGGCCGGCGACGUCAUGGCGGAGCUCCCCGGCCACCUCGUCUGCGCCGGCGACUCGUUCUUCAUCGGCCUCCCGAUCCCGGCGCUGCCGGCCGGCGAGGAGCUGGCGGCGGGGCGGACGUACUUCGUGCUCCCCGCCGCGCGGUUCUCGUGCCAGCAGGCGCUCACCGCCGCGUCGCUCGCGUCGCUGUCGCCGUCCCCGGCCGCGAAGGUGUCCCUCGCCGGCGGCGCGUCGUCGCCGUUCGAGUACGUGACGGGCGACGACGGCAUGGCGCUCAUCAGGGUCCUCCCGGAGUUCAUCGAGAGGGCGAUCACCUGCGUGGCCCGCGUCGCGGGCGGCGGCAAGGCGGGCGGCGAGGCGGCGGCCGACGACCAGCUGUGCAGCACGCCGGAGCUGAGGAAGCACUACAUGCAGCUGGUGGGCGCGCGGCAGCAGCGGCCGUGGUCGCCGGGGCUCGAGACGAUAUCGGAGGCCGAGAAGCGGCGGCGGCGGCGGUCGCCGGUGAGGCUGGUCGCGCUGGCGAAGGCGGCGUCAAGAUAGCAUUGGCGGCCGCGCCAAAAAAGAGUUCGGAUUUGUGCAUAGAUACGGAUGGAGACAAGUAUACGGAUUUGAUUUAGUUCUAGCUCAUUUUGAAGACAGUCAAAUUAGAUGAAAAUUUGAUGCAAAAAUUGGCAAAUUGAAGAAUUAAUUGACCGUCCAAUUUUGCCGCAAGGCCGAUGAUACUUCUUGCAGUUCAUGUUCAUUUGUUUUGACUCCUGUCUCCAGUUGGUCGGUGGAAACGAAAUGGCACCAUUGGAAACUUCAAAAUCCUAAUCUCCCUUUCCGAGAGGAGGACAUUCACAUGAUUUCUGGAGAAAUUUCACAGCAAGAUCAAUUUCAACACGAAAAGAGGAAAAAAUUUGCAUUGUGGCAUUAGAAUUAUUUUAUAGUCCAAUUUUCCUCAAGGCCGUCAAUACUUUCUUAAAUUUCAUAGUUCCCUUAACCUCAAGAAAGGAAAUGGCAUCGGAGAGCUCAUGUUGAUUCCAAUUUGAUUUCUAUCUGAAACUUAGCCCCGUUCCGAA